UCCAAAACAAUCAAACAAGCCUCAUAGACACCAUUCUCUGGAACCCCGACGUAGACGAAGGCAAUGAAGACAACUCAAUCCUCCUCCGCCACGAGACGUCAGGCUUCGAGUUCACCGGCCCCUCAUCCGGCAUCUCCCUCCUUUCAAACAACGGUCUGCGCUGGAUUCUUGAAAAGACUGAGGAUGAAGAAAGCGUUGCCACGCUUCGCGAAUUCGCUGAAGAGAUAACGUCGCAUUUCGCGAUGCCGACAGCCGAAGACGAAGGCAUGAGGAUACUAAACUCCAUGAAGAGUCAACUGAACCCUCUUCCGAACCCCGCAAUAGCCAGGGAAUACGUCAAGGCAUAUUUCGACGCUGACCAGAGCUGGUUCCCGCUACUGGACCGCGAGGACUUUAUGCGACAGGUUCAGUCUUACGCACACUCAAGCAAUUCCUUCCUAAAUAGUGUCCCCUGGUACGCCCUUUACACUACUGUCCUCGCCCUCGGCUGCCGCGUCGUCGGCUCCAAGCAAAAUCCUAGCGAUCGGCCCGCCCGUUUCGCGGAGGCAGAGUCAGAAGCAAUGAAAUACUUCCACAACGCUCUCGUGGUCCAAUCAGAGUUGAUAAGUCGCCGAACUACUCUGACAACCGUCAAAGCGUUCGCCGCCAUGACGCUCUACGCUCAGCACUCCACGACCCCUCAAUGCGAAUACAAGUUCUGCUCGAUGGCUGUUCGACUCUCUCAAGGAAUGGGGAUGCAUAAAAGGGCUAGUCCGCAAUGGGAUAUCACUCCCGCGGAGAGCGAAGAAAGAAGUCGGGUUUUCUGGGUGCUCUACUGGAUGGAUAAGACGAUUUCGCUCCGUAUGGGGCGGCCAUCAGCUAUUGACGACGGCGAGGUCAGCUGUCCACUGCCGCGUACAUUGGGGAUCUCGAGCGCGUCGUUCAGUUUUUACCUCUUCGCCGCUCGCUACGCUCGCAUAUGCUCACAAAUCACGAGUUUGAUGUACUCCGCAAAGGCGCUCAUAAUGCCGCUGUCUGAACUUUUGGAGACGGCGGAGGAGCUGGAAGCGAAGCUGCAAAGGUGGCAUGAUGAUAUUCCAGAACAUGCUCGCUUGGAGAACUCGACGAAGGGGCAGCUGGAUUCAAGCGGUACUGUACCACACUUGCAGGCCUUAGCUUUGGAGUACUUUUAUCACUACGCGAUCUGCGCCAUCCAUCGGCGGUUCCCUGCGCAGACUUUUUGGCACUCAAAGUCUCAAAACUCGCCAGACGAUAGUGCUACCGAGAAAAUGGUGGAGAAGGGGAGGAAGUGCUUGGAGGCUUCGAGGUCAAUUUGCCUCCUUACCAGCAAUCUCGAAGUCCAUGCGUACAAUCCUAGCUGGCUUCUAAUAUACUACCCCCUCAGCGGCAUAAUCACACUCUUUACCAACGUAGUCACAGACCCGUUAGCUCCAACCGCCAACACUGAUAUCGCACUCAUGGAAGUCGUGACUGGGUUCUUCGGGAAGCUGGAAUUCUGCACCUCUGGGGGAAUGGCGUUUACGAAGACUGCGGAGCUCUCGCGAUUGGCGAGAAAGGCUAUUAAGAAAGCGAGGAGAGAGAAAGGCCUUGACCACAGGCCCGGCACCUCUCGAAGCCAGGGCAUCUCUUCUGUCUCUCCGCAAUCAGACAUUCUGUCUGCAAACACUGCCACGACAGACUCAAUCCUGAGGCUUCCCCAGAGUGCUACGGAUGCUACACCCGGAAGCAGCUGGAUAGACUGUCCCGAUUGGGCCAACAUCAGCAUCGGCAAUGGUGUGCCAGAUGCCGAAGGCGAGGCUGGCUUUGAUAUGAACUUGGAAUCGGGGAUGCAACUAGAGCAUAAUUUUGGCUUCAAUGGCACCUCGCCUUGGCCCGGAACCUGGAACCUGGAUCUAUUGACUUGAUGGAGUGGUAUGAAGUCGUUAUUUUGCGAUUCGAUAGCGAUGAUUGCUCGUGUCCCUAUAUACCCGGACUGACGUUAAUCGUAUCUAUACAUCAAGUUCCAAGAAC